AGAGGCGGCAGUUUAAAUUACAAACAUGGUUCAAAAGUGCGCGGUUUGUGGUGAAAAUGAUAAAAAGUAUAAGUGUAAAACCUGUGAAGUUCCCUAUUGUUCUUUAGAGUGCUACAAAAAACACCAAGAAGUGACCUGUAAACCCGUGCAAAAUGAACCACUAUUCAAGGAGGAUCGGCAACCCCAGAGAACCCUGCUGUACACAACUGUUGACACUGUAGAGGCAGACAAGCUGGAACUAUUACGUCAAUCGGAUCACCUGAAAAAUCUACUCUACAACCCCCACCUCCGACAACUACUGCAAGAGAUAGACUCCGCCUCGGACGCUAGACGAGCCAUUCGAGUGGCCAUGAUGGAACCCCUGUUCGUGGAAUUCGCAGACGAGUGUCUGAAGGUUGUUGACCCUCCGGACGCAAAUGAAACACAAGAGCUUCUUCUAACUUCGUCCUAACCUCGUACUUUUGUUUUAAUAUUAUACUGUAAGAAAACGUAUUUACAAAAUCAAUGACC